CGCACAGAGGGUAGGACUACAUGGCACUUGGACCUUUGCGAAAGCAUCAGCCAACAGCGAAACUCUGAAGCAGCAACUAGAACUCUAGGCAAACGCUACAUACUGCUACUAUGAAGACCUAUGUGACACUGACUGCCCUUAUAAUGUGGUUUGUGUGGCUGUCUACAUCAAAUGGUGAGCCUUCCCAGUGCACACAGUUGAGAACAGUCAUUCCAAGUGGCUGCUCCUGCACUGGGGCUCUUAUAAAUGGUGCCAUAUAUGACUCCCUUGUUGCCAUUCACUGUCAUAAACAACAGUACACUCGAAUGCCAGUCAUCACUGGGUCAUCUACACAUAUCAUCUAUAAAAUGACCAUGUCUGACAACAACUUAGUCACAAUACCUGCAAUGGCAUUUCAUGGACUACGAAUCCAAAGACUGGAUCUGCGCAACAACCUGCUGACAAGUUUUGAUCCAAAAGCCUUUCUUGGACUGGAGAAUGAUAUUGUGGAACUUUCUCUUGAAGCUCAGGCCGAUAUAUCAAUUCUAAACAACAGUCUAAAGACUCUGACCAGACUGAACACUCUGAUUCUGGAGCACUUUCAGUUUCCUAACAAUGACUUACUAGAUGGUGUGCUGUCUAGAAUUAUUUCUUUAAGGUCACUGACCCUGAAGCACAAUAACCUCAUAUAUAUCGACCCCCUCGCCCUGCCUUCUCAGCUCACCUAUCUGGAAUUAGACCAUCAGUCCAUAGGUCCAUAUCCACCCAUUGGCGCACUUCGAUCAGUAAGACAGUUAAAGACCUUAAUUAUGAAAAACACUGAACUUCAAUAUUUAUCCAACAAAGCUUUUGAAUAUAACAGUCAACUCCAAACACUUCAGUUUGGCUACAACAGAAUUGAAAAACUAGAAGACGGCUGUUUCACGGGGAUAUAUGAGUUGCAAACGUUCUCUCUACAUGAAAACAGAAUACAAAAUACCUCUGUUCUUGAUCCUAUUAAAGACCUCACAGCUCUCAGCAUGCUGGAUGUGUCUGAGACAGGCAUAAGUGACUUAUCACCUGGAGUUUCCUUUCUUCAGAACAAAGCUAGCUUGCACAGCCUGGUCUUUGAGAGCAAUCAGCCGACCACCUUAAGAGAUGACAUUUUUCUUUCUCUUGGCUCUCUGACAACUCUCAGUCUUGCCAAAAACAGAAUUUCCCAGAUUGACAGCAGAGCUUUUGAGGGUCUGAGAGGGCUUCAGUCCUUGGAUCUUAGCCAGCAGAUCACAAGUCAAAAUCUCAUCUUACCAGCAUCCCUUCCAGCGCAAACACCAGGCUUGCAACAGCUUGUGUUGUCUGGGACACCAGUGGAUGAAACAACUCUGUGGCAGAUAAUCCCUUCUUUAACAUCUCUCAAAGUACUGACAUUAGAUUAAAGCAGCUAUAUCUCAAAGCCACUAACAUUAUUGAAAUCCUGCAAAUAUAACUGAUGGACCCAAGUUAUCUUGCAAAGCUUUAUCUAGACAUUAUGGAAUAAGCAGGUGAGCACCUGUGCUUUCUUCCAGUAUUUGAGAGACCAAGCUCAACAGAAGAUGAGAAGACAAUCUCUGUUCAAAAAGAAACAUGCAAUCCCCAUCAGGUAUAGCCAACAAUAUCUUAAGCUUACUCAUCUGGAAACUUAACCUGCAAUUUUUCAUGGAUUGAUCCACUAUGUCAUGACCUCUAUGACCACCACUACAUCACCAACUGGUGCAAUAAACAAUGGACCAGCAGUUGACACUCAACAUCACUGUAGUUUUAAAAAAAACAAACCCAAACAACAGCUAUGUUGAAAUCCAACAGGCUACCACAAACUAAACCUUGAAACAUCACGGUGAUACAAUGUAAAUAAACUGAUUUUGAUGAUGGCACAGGAAAGAACAGCCACAAAUUUGGCACUAUCGCUGGCUGUCUUUGCUUGAAGAUAUCUGUGACAAUCCUCUAUAGAAAUAGCGCACAGAAUAAAAAACACUAAUCUGAUAAUGCAACAUCAAUUAUUAGUACAAAGAAGAAAAAAAAAAGAAAGAUGGUAGCAACUGUGGAAAGAACCCCAUAAAGAUGCAAUGAAGAGAUGUUUUGAGAAUCAACGAAAAUUACCAAACUGUCAUGAAUUUGGCACAACUCAAUCAAAUGGGAAAUACAAACAAGAAGAAAUCUUAUCUUUUGUUAAAACUUAAAAAAUACCUUGUUGCAUACAUUCACAUUUUUGUUUCCAAAAAAAGUAUCAUAAAGUGUGUAUAACACACUGAGUGGUAGCAAAUGAUAAGGGCCCUGCGGUUGAAGUACACAUUUUCUUGUUUGUUUGGUUUUUUUAAAAAUGCUUUAAGAUGUUCAUGGGUAUCACUUGAGUUUUGAUGAACUGGGUGGUUGCUUCGAAUUUAAUUCUGCUCGUCUCACAGUUUGUUCUCAGAUCUGAUGCUAUGCGUGUGCACAAGAAAUACUGCCUCCAGACUUGGCUCACAUGCACCAGCGAGUGCCUAAGGCACACACAACAAAAACAGCUUAAUCACUUGGUGGCAACUAAAUUGAAGUAGACAGAGCUAAUGUAUCACUCUAUUUUGAAUAAAUGGCCAUGAAUACUGCUCUGAUCAAAAUAACUACAAAUAUCCUGUCUGCUAUAGAUGUGUCUAAUCCUAACCCUGAUCCUUCUGCUGCUUUUGACAUAACUGAUAUUACCCUUAUUCACAGCUUUGACUGGUUUGUUUCAUCAUUUUGAUAGGACUCAGUUAUAGUCAAUGGGUGAAUUUUCUGCACCAGUUCCUGUUAGCUGUGAAGUUCACGUACACUAAGCAGCUCUCCACUUUGAUACAAUUUCAUUCUAUUUCUCGUCACUCUUUAGCACUCUAUUCUCCCUGUCAGACACACAUUGCCAUCCAAAGCAUUCAGCUUUAUUUGACAUAUUCUGUUUACGAAGAUUUUCAUUUGUGUAUGUUUUGCGUAUCACUGCAUGUCAUUAUUAGCUAGUCUUUUUUUAUAUUUCAUUUCCUUGAUUUUUAUUAUCAGCCAGUGCAAAGAGUACAAUCUGUUUUGGCCAUGAUGCAGCAUGAUACAAAUAUUCAAUUAAACACUACCAGGCAACCCAAACAAGAC